UUUUCAAAUGAACCUGUGCGUCAGUGUUCAUCAAGCUAACAAUCAAUCAUUGCCUGGCAAUCAGUUUACUUCCUUCAUCUUCAGAAUAAUUUGGGGGGGAUACCUCGUCAGUUGUACAACUGAAUGCCUUCAACUGAAAUGUGUCUUCCACAUUUAACCCAACCCCUCUGUAUCUGAGAGGUGCGUGGGGCUAUCUUAAUCAACAUCCACGUCUUCGGCGCCCGGGGAACAGUGGGAACGACAAAAUUUUACCUUGUCAGCUCGGGAUUUGAGUAACCUUUCGGUUACUAGCCCAAAGCUCUAAUCGCUUGACUAAUGGAUGGACUAUUAUAAGGAAACCCAGAGAAGUACCUUCCAUAGCUACAAUAAGUAAACGGGAUAGGAAACCACCUUAUUUGUUAAUAUGUAACCAUAUGUAUUGCCCUGACGCAGUCAUCGUGGUUGUUAAAAGAUCACAUCCAGUGCUGCCAGAUCUAUUGCUGAUUAGAGCUCUUCAGAGGAACGUUAUCAUGUUGCUAUGUUCAGAUGAAGUAUAGUUUAUGGCUGUGAUGUCAACAGAGAUGCAGAUAUAUUUCAAGCCAAGUUUUUUUUCUCAUUGUACGACUUGAAAAAGAGAAUAUAAAAUGGCUAGGUGCAAAACGGACUGCGUUGAAAAGCCUAUAGCUAGGGGAUUUGAAAUACUUGGGGGCUUUGUUGGUAGACACCCCUGGUGGUUUUUGAUUCUUCCCAUGUUCAUUUCUGCGGGUCUUGGCGGAGGAUUUUACUUCCUUGCGGACAGAGAAGCAAAUGGCAUUGAAGAGAUGUUUACUCCUGUGGAUGGACCUGCCAAACAUGAACGACAAGUAGUCAAACAGUACUUUCCACAGAGUGAUAGUAACUUCUCUCGUUUGCGACUCUAUACUGAAGGGACCUUUGCAUCUCUCAUAAUUGUGACGCCUGGACAAAAUAUCCUCACAUUUACUGCUUUAAAAAACAUAUUUGAAAUGGACAGAAAUGUAACAAACAUGAGAAUUGGUGCAUUCGCUUUUAAAGAUCUAUGUGUUGAGAAAGGUGGUGGGUGUGUGUCAAAUUCAAUCUUUGAUAUUGUAAAAACUCCUAGUGAUGUCAACACAGCAACGAUUAACUACCCAUAUAAUGGCACAAUUUUCAUUGCAUCUGAAAUUGGUGGUGUGAAACUGAAAAGUGGAUUAACUCAAAUUGAAAGCGCGGAGGCAAUUAGACUAUUUUACUUCUUAAAAGAAGACAACCAAACUAUAAAUACCAUGUGGCUAAAGACGUUUAUAGAGGCUGCUUCCAAGAUGAAAAAAGAAGAAGGCAUGACAAUAUCUUACUUUACAUCCAUAUCAAGGGAUGAAGAGUUUGAGAAGAGCUCUGACUCAAUCAUUCCUCUCUUCUCAUUGACAUAUGCCCUGGCCAUCAAUUUUUCUAUCAUAUCUUGUUUGAGGUUGGACUGUGUGAGGAACAAGGUGUGGGUGGCAACCUUUGGUGUCCUCUCAGCUGGUAUGGCAGUGCUGUCCAGUUUUGGGUUGUUGCUGUACUGUGGGAUGCCCUUCGCGAUGACUGUGGCAACAGCCCCAUUCCUGAUUCUGGGAAUUGGUGUUGACGACAUGUUCAUCAUGAUUUCCUGCUGGCAGCAGACUCAAGUUCAUGACAACGUAGAGGACCGUAUGGCAGCUACAUACAAAGAGGCAGCUGUCUCUAUCACCAUCACAACACUAACUGAUGCCCUGGCCUUCUAUAUUGGUCUGUUAACUCCCUUUCGUUCUGUACAAUCCUUUUGUAUGUAUACUGGCACAGCUGUUCUGUUCUGUUACUUGUACAAUAUUACCUUCUUUGGUGCAUUUCUGGCAUUGAAUGGGAGUCGUGAAAAGGGCAACAGACACUGGCUGACAUGCAUGAAGGUUCCAGAACCAGAGGAGAACUCUGAAAAGUACAACCUCUGCUGUGUAGGAGGAGCUUAUGAUCAUGAAACAGGAAAAGAGGAGCCAAUGCCCAUUAACAACUUCUUUAAGAUGUACUAUGGGCCAUUUCUAACAAAUACUUGGACCAAGGUGUUUGUGAUCCUGCUCUAUGCUGGAUAUUUGGGCUCAAGUAUCUAUGGUUGCUUCCAAAUACAAGAAGGCAUAGACCUUAAAAACCUAGCAGCUGAUAGCUCAUAUGUGGGUAGCUAUUACGAUAAUGAGGACCAAUACUUUUCAGAGUAUGGUCCAAAUGUUAUGGUUGUUGUGACUGACAGUAAGUUUCAAUAUUGGGACCAAACUGCUCGAAAGCGUCUUGAUACUUGUCUUAAACGUUUUGAGAGUCUAACGUUGGAUGGUCGAUCAUUGGUUGCUAAAGAUAUGACUCUUUCUUGGCUUAAUGAAUAUGUGAAAGUUAUAAAUCCAAAUAACAAAACCAUUUUCAUGGAUAGUUUACCUGCGUUUUUACAACGAUCAGACUUCAGACAAGAUGUGAAUAUUUCAAACAAAGUCAUAAUUGCCUCGCGAAUGUUUAUUCAGACAAUCAACGUCAGUACAGCUGUUGAUGAAAAGAACAUGUUGAAUAAGCUUCGAGAGACCGCUAAUGGUUGUUCAGAAAAGUUGGUUGUUUACCACCCAGCUUUCAUAUACUUUGACCAGUAUGCAGUCAUUGUUAGUAAUACCAUCCAAAACAUUGUAGUUGCCACUCUUGCCAUGCUGGUGAUCUCCCUCAUGUUGAUCCCCAACCCCAUAUGUUCUCUGUGGGUGACCUUUGCUAUUGCCUCUGUCAUAGUGGGUGUUGCUGGUUUCAUGGCAUUAUGGGAUGUCAAUCUAGACUCUGUAUCCAUGAUCAAUCUUGUCAUCUGCAUUGGUUUCUCAGUGGAUUUUUCUGCUCACAUUUCCUAUGCUUUUGUCGCUAGCAAAGAGGUCACUGCUAAUAAGAAGGCUGUAGAUGCUGUCUAUCACUUGGGGUAUCCCAUCAUACAGGGAGCUGUGUCUACUAUUUUAGGAGUGGUGGUGCUGUCUGCUGCUGAGAGCUACAUCUUCAGAACCUUCUUUAAGAUCAUGUUCUUAGUCAUUUUGUUUGGGGCGGUCCAUGGUGUGGUGUUUAUCCCAGUGUUUCUGACCUUCUUUGGAAUCUGCGGAGGCAAAGUCGGUGAUAAAAAAGAAGAUGGUAGGUCUAACACCUUGUCUCAAAGUGGUCACAUGUGGGUCACCCAAACCACAGGUGAUUUCAACAUGAACAAUAUGCAUGAAUUAAGGGCUGUAGCAGCUAAUUCACAUGUAUGGUCAAUCAGUUCUAACCAAAGCUCUCACAACGGGAAAACUAAUAGUGCUUAUGAAAACAUUGAAGACUGCCCCUAAAACUGUUGUCUUGAGAUUUACAAGGCAUUUCCACUGUACCUGUUUUUAUGGAAUUAAUUCAAUAUUAAAGGUAGAACAAAUGGGUUAAAACUGUACAAAUAACGUUUACAAGAGAGAAUAACCUAUUUUGGUCAAGUGUAAAUGAACACACAUUCAUGUUUUACCUUUGUUUGAUUUCAUUCAGCUCCAUGCUGAUGGGACCUGUACAGUAGUUCAAACCAAAUGUUAAUUGUCACAUUCGCCGAAUACAACAACAAUGCCCUUAACCGACAAUGCGGUUUUAAGAAAAUCCCUAAAUAAGUAAGAAAUAAGAAUAACAAAUAAUUAAAGAGCAGCAGUUAAUAACAAUAGCAGGGCUAUAUACAGGGGAUACCGGCACAGAGUCAAUGUGUCAAUGUGCGGGGGUCACCGGUGUCGAGGUACAUGUACAUUAUGUAACUACAUUAUGUAGAUAGAGUUAUUAAAGUGGCUAUGCAUAGAUAAUAACAGAGUAGCAGCAGCAUGGGGGGAGGGGAAAUGCAAAUAGUCUAGGUAGUCAUUUGAUUAGCUGUUCAGGAGUCAGGAGUCUUAUGGCUUAUGGCUUAUGGCUUGUAGAAGCUAUUUAGAAGCCUCUUGGACCUAGACUUGGCGCUCAGGUACCGCUUGCCGUUCUGUAGCAGAGAGAACAGUCUAUGACUAGGGUGGCUGGAGUCUUUGACAAUUUUUAGGGCCUUCCUCUGACACCACCUGGUAUAGAGGUCCUGGCGAGCAGGAAGCUUGGCCCAGGUGAUGUUCUAGGCCGUACGCACAACCCUCUGUAGCGCCUUGUGGUCGGAGGCAGAGAAGUUGCCAUACCAGGCAGUGAUGCAACCCAUCAGGAUGCUCUCGAUGGUGCAGCUGUAAAACUUUUUGAGGAUCUGAGGACCCAUGCCAAAUCUUUUCAGUCUCCUGAGGGGCAAUAGGUUUUGUCAUGCCUUCUUCACGACUGUCUUGGUGUGCUUGGACCAUGUUAGUUUGUUGGUGAUGUGGACACCAAGGAACUUGAAACUCUCAACCUGCUCCACUACAGCCCCAUCGAUGAGAAUGGGGGUGUGCUCAGUCUUCCUUUUCCUGUAGUCCACAAUCAUCUCCUUUGUCUUGAUCACAUUGAGGGAGAGGUUGUUGUCCUUGCACCAUACAGUCAGGUCUCUGACCUCCUCCCUAUAGGCUGUCUCAUCAUUGUCGGUGAUCAGGCACUGUUGUGUCAUCAGCAAACUUAAUGAUGGUGUUGGAGUCGUGCCUGGCCAUGCAGUCAUGAGUGAACAGGGAGUACAGGAGGGGACUGAGCACGCACCUCUGAGGGGCCCCUGUGUUGAGAAUCAUUGUGGCGGAUGUGUUGUUACCUACCCUUAACACCUGGGGGCAGCCCGUCAGGAAGUCUAGGAUCCAGUUGCAGAGGGAGGUGUUUAGUCCCAAGGUUCUUAGCUUAGUGAUGAGCUUUGAGGGCACUAUGGUGUUGAACACUGAGCUGUAGUCAAUGAAUAGCAUUCUCACAUAGGUGUUCCUUUUGUCCAGGUGGGAAAGGGCAGUGUGGAGUGCAAUAGAGAUUGCAUAAUCUGUGGAUCUGUUGGUGCGGUAUGGAAAUUGGAUUGGGUCUAGGGUUUCUGGGAUAAUGGUGUUGAUGUGAGCCAUGACCAGCCUUUUGAAGCGUUUAAUGGCUACAGAUGUGAGUGCUAUGGGUCAGUAGUCAUUUUGGCAGGUUACCUCCUUGUAUGUGACAAAUUGAGCAAAGUGAUAUGAGAAAUGGUCAUAUUUAUGGAAAGUACAUUUGAAUUGCAUUAGCCUUUAUCGGCCAAUUAAUUUUUCUCAGUCUUCAAAGGAUGUACAUUCCCAUUAUUCCACACACAGGUUCUUUUACAGAGGCUUUUUUUUAUAUCUUGUGUCGUUUUGAUUUUAAGUGUAAUUUUAUGUGUAAAUAUAUGCAAAAUAUGCAUCUGUCAUACAUGUGAAGUGUUCUUUAAAUAAUUCCAUGAAAUGACAAUAUUUUGAUGAACUGAUCUGUAAAAGUCUGACCAUUGAGUGUCUUAUCACAAUAAAAAAAUAAAAAACAUUCUGCCUUGAAGCAAUGUGUUGAAAAACAGAUUCUCAUAAUAUGCAAAUCAGCGCACAUUUAAGGACAGUUUGCCUAAUUUGCAUAUUUUUAUUUUAAAAAUAAAUACAAUUUGUAAUACAAUAAUAUCUUGUAUUUAUGUAUACUUUCAACUGGUAAAGUUUCACUCUGAUGAGAGUAAAGGAAAAAAGAAUCCCUAUUAGCCUGUGGUGCCUGGCCUUAAAGGUCUUACUCACAUUGGCUGCGGAGAGAGUGAUCACACAGUCGUCCGGAACAGCUGAUGCUCUCAUGCAUGUUUCACUGUUACUUGCCUCGAAGCAAGCAUAUAGAUGUUAUUUAGCUCCUCUGGUAGGCUCAUGUCACUGGGCAGCUCUCGGCUGUCCUUCCCUUUGUAGUCUGUAAUAGUUUGUGAGCCCUGCCACAUCCAACGAGCAUCAGAGCCGGUGUUGUAUGAUUCGAUCUUAGUCCUGUAUUGAUGCUUUGCCUGUUUGAUGGUUCGUCAGAGGGCAUAGCGGGAUUUCUUAUAAGCUUCCGGGUUAGAGUCACGCUCCUUGAAAGAGGCAGUUCUACCCUUUAGCUCAGUGCAAAUGUUGCCUGUAAUCCAUGACUUCUGGUUGGGGUAUGUACGUACAGUCACUGUGGGGACGACGUCCUCAAUGCACUUAUUGAUAAAGCCAGUGACUGAUGUGGUGUACUCAAUGCCAUGUUGUAAAGUGAUGAAAUUAAUCUACAAAGUAACCAAUUAUAAAGUACAUCAAUCAUUGAGGAUUUAUUUUGUUUCAAAUCCCUAAAUCAUUGCACAUUUCCACAUGAAGAAAACCUCAAUUGAAAAGGUAGGAAAUAUGUUCACUGAUUCUGUCAUUCAUUUUGUUUUAUGUAGAAGUACUGUAACAUAAAAUCAAAUGUUCAUUUGUUCAUUUUGUGAAAUGUCAUUUUUAUUUAGUUGACUCUAAUUGUUAAAUCGUAUCAAUGUAAUAUGUUUAAGGAUAAAGAUGUUUCUGUUGUGUUUUUAAUAAAGAAAUGAAGGAAUUCCUCA